AUGAACGAAGGUAAAGAUGGGGUGGAGGUAAGAGGGUGGAAGGUGGAGUGGAUGAAGAAGACCCAUCCCGCAAAACGGUUCCACUCCGCAUUUCGCCACUCUGCGGUCGUCACCCUGCCCACCAUUGUUGCAGUCAUGGCAGGAUAUCCCUCAUACAGAGAUCCAUGGGCGAAGAGGGAAGCAUGGCGCAAAUCAUACAUCUUCACCCGCGCUUACUACCUCCGCAACUUGUUCCCCGGUCUCGGCACUGCUAUCGUUGCGUUCACCGCAUAUGUUGCAUACGACAACCUACGCAUGAUGUCGAACAGCUCAAAGAAAGAGGUUGAGCAUUGA